AUGUUUACGCUGUUUGUGAGACCUGCUGCUUUUAGACAAUCCCUUAAAGCCGUUCCCUUUUUGCUUGGGGCCAGUGUUCUUUUAAGGCCCAGACCAAUUGUCUUCAAUGACGCAGUUACUCUUUCUCAGCCAGGAACAUUGAAUGCACCUCGUUUGGACACGAAGCCAGCACCUCUCAGCAAAAAACUCGAUUACAACGAAUUGUGUCUUGGCUCGGUCACGGGACUCUUUUUGGGCAUUGUGAUUGGCAAAUUGUCGUCGGCCAUUGUGUUUUUGAGUGUUUCGGCGUAUUUGCUCUUGCAGUUUUUGGAAAACAAAGGUGUCAUCACGAUUCCAUGGAGAAGAAUCGUCACCAUUGGGGAUAGACUGUGGGACUUGAAGUCGCUUUUCUUUGACAAGCCAAGCUUCAAGAUUUCUUUUGUGUCGUCCUUUUUGAUCGCCGCUUUCAAUGUCUAA